AUGUCAGCAGCUUAUGUCAAUGUGGCUUCAGGUGACAAACAUUCACGUGUUAUAUUGGAUAACGAUGAUGAUGAUGAUGAUGAUGAUGAUUUUCACCUGUCGGAUGUUUCAUCUAAUGGAACAAUGCGUGACGAUGAUGAUCAAGAAUGGGAUUGCAGUAGCAUAGAAACUACAGAUUCUGAUGUAGAACAUGCUAAUAUCGUCAAUGCAAAAACAAAGGAAACAGAAACUCAGAAAAAACGAGUUCUUACAAUGGCAGCACUUAUGAAACAGGCUUUCUCCAAUACAAAACCUAAAACUUCCAAGCCUAAACCUUCCAAGACUGCUAAAAAGGAAUUUGAUUAUGUAGAUGAAGGUGAUGCAACACAUAUUUGUGAGCAUUGUGGAGCGUAUAUGUGGUUUGGUGAACGCAUAAACAAGAGUAGAAAGUCCAAGAAACCCAUUUUUACUUUAUGUUGUAUGCAAGGUCAAGUUCAGUUGCCUCUUUUAAAGAAACCCCCCGAGAUUAUGGAAAGACUACUUAAUGGAAGUGAUAAGCUCAGCAAACAUUAUCAAAGGAACACCCGACCAUAUAACAUGGUCUUUUCAUUUACUUCUAUAGGAGGGAAGGUUGAUCGUUCUGUUCCUAAAGGAAAGGGACCAAAAAUGUUUCAGCUUCAAGGUGAAAACUACCAUAGGAUGGGGAGUUUGAAACCUAGGGAUGGGGAGUCUGCAAAGUUUGGUCAACUAUACAUUGUCGACACAGAAAAUGAGGCAGAGAAUAGAAUAAACGCAUUGAGCAAAGGCAAGAAAGAUGGUUUGAAAAAGGAGAUCAUUCAGAAAGUAAUAGCUAUGCUAGACGAAGUGAAUCCAUAUGUCUCCAAAUUUCGGCAAGCUAGACACAGAUUGGAUAAUAAAACCGAGAGUACUCUCCAUAUGAGGAUUGUUAGUGACCGUACAAAAGAUGGAAGGACAUAUAGCAUGCCUACUGCUUCUGAAGUUGCAGCAUUAAUCCCGGGAGACUUUCAAUUGGGAAUGGAUAAGAGGGACAUUAUUAUUGAGGAAAAAUCAGGCAACCUUCAAAGGAUAAGUGAAAUUCAUGUUUCAUACCUUGCAUUACAGUAUCCUCUAAUAUUUGUUUAUGGUGAGGAUGGAUUUCGACUUGGUAUUAAGAAGGGAGUCACAGAAGCUACUAAGAAGUUGAAAAAGGAUACAAUAAGCAUGAGGCAGUUUUUUGCAUUCAGGAUUCAAGAUAGAGAAAAUGAGUCUAACGUUUUGCUGAAGUCAAGAAGGUUGUUUCAGCAAUUUCUGGUUGAUGCUUACACAACAAUUGAAUCUAACAGGCUCCGUUACCUCAAGUUUAACCAGACAUGUUUGCGAUCCGACAGCUAUGAUUCUAUUAAAGAAUCUGAGAGUGCAGGCAACAUCGAUAUGAAUGAACAAGGUCAGCAGUUUGUAUUGCCAGCAUCUUUCACAGGAAGUCCUAGAUACAUGAAGAAUAACUAUCUAGAUGCCAUGACCAUUUGCAAACAUUUUGGUUUCCCUGAUCUUUUUAUCACAUUCACUUGCAAUCCUAAAUGGCCAGAGAUUACUAGAUACGUUCAGAAACAUGGAUUGAAAGCUGAAGACAGACCUGACAUUAUUUGUCGGGUGUUUAAGAUGAAGCUUGACAAUUUGAUGGAUGAUUUAACAAAGAAGAAGCUUUUGGGAAAAACUGUUUCAUCUAUGUAUACUGUGGAGUUUCAAAAACGUGGCCUCCCUCAUGCUCACAUCCUACUUUUUAUGCAUCCUGAUUCAAAAUUGCCAACUACUGAUGACAUAGACAAGAUCAUAUCUGCUGAAAUACCAGAUAAAGAUGAAGAGCCAGAGCUGUAUAAUGUUGUUAAGGACAUGAUGAUUCAUGGUCCAUGUGGAGCAGCCAACAUGAAUUCACCAUGUAUGGUUAAUGGGAAAUGUGAGAAGAAUUAUCCUAAACGACAUUCAGAGAAAACUACAGUUAACAAAGAGGGCUUUCCUGUGUAUAGGCGACGUACACAACCAGGCGUUUAUGUUGAGAAAAACGGCAUUAAACUCGAUAAUAGAUGGGUUAUCCCAUAUAACAAGAAGUUGUCUCUCCGUUAUAGAGCUCACAUCAAUGUUGAGUGGUGCAACCAAGCUGGUUCUAUUAAAUAUUUGUUUAAGUAUAUUAACAAGGGAGCAGAUCGUGUUACUGUUGCUGUUGAACCAUCAGAGGCUGUUGAACCAUCAGAAAAUGUUGCACCAAAUGAUGCCACAGUUGAAGAAGGUGUGAAGAAGAAAAAAAAGAAUGAAAUAAAAGACUUCUUCGAUUGCAGAUAUGUUUCAGCUUGUGAAGGUGCCUGGAGAAUUUUUAAGUAUCCGAUUCAUUACAGAUCUACUCCGGUUGAGAUACUGCAAUUCCAUCUACCAGGGAAACAAAAAAUUAUUUUCAAAGGUAAAGACAAGCUUCAUGACGUUGUCAGCCGUGAACUCAUUCAAAACACAAUGUUUCUAGCGUGGUUUGAGUUGAAUAAGGUGGAUGCUUUCGCAAGGACUUUAACUUAUGCUCAGAUCCCUAACUUUUAUACCUUUGAUAAGCGUAAAAAGGUGUUCAAUAGAAGGAAACAAGGAUUUAGUGUUGGAAGAAUCAAUUAUGCUCCACGCAAGCAAGAGGCAGCCUAUUACUUGAGAGUGUUAUUGAACAUUGUUAAAGGUCCUACCAGUUUUGAAGAAAUAAAGACCUAUAACAAUGUAGUAUAUGCUGAGUACAAAGAUGCAUGUUACGCUAGAGGAUUAUUGGACGACGAUCAAGAAUAUAUUGAUGAUUUAGUGAGGCACAGCUUUCAAAGUUCUGCAGCCUUUGUUAGAGAGAUGUUUGUGAUGAUGAUAUGCUCUGAUAGUUUAAGUCAACCAGAGGUUGUCUUCCGACAAACUUGGGAACUAUUGUCAGAAGACAUCGAGUAUCAUCAUAGGAAACGUCUGAAUAGACCAGAACUUAUUUUAACUGAUGAAGAGAAACAACAAUUUGCUUUGAUAGAGAUUGAGAAGCUUAUGAAACGAAAUGGGAGUUCUUUAUCCACUUAUGAAUCUAUGCCAAAGAUUCGAAGUAGUCGUAGUCGGGUUGAGAAUGUAUUGAUAUUCGAUGAACGUAACUACGAUCUUGGAGAACUUGGAACGGCUCAUGAUAGAGAUAUACUCAGGCUGACGGAUGAACAGAAGAAAAUCUAUGAUGAGAUCAUUGGUGCUGUUGAUGCUGAAAGAGGUGGAAUGUUCUUUAUUUAUGGAUUUGGUGGCACUGGAAAAAC